AUGGUCGCCAUCAAAGAUAUCCAACAGGCCAACGCCAGCCUGCGCAAAACCCACGACAGCCUCACAGGCGUCUUCGCCGGCGCGACAAGCGGCAUAGGCCUCGAGACGCUCCGCGCCUUCGCCAAACACAUCCCCAAACCGCGCGCCAUUAUCGUAGGCCGAAACCGCAGUAAAUUCCAGCCGCAACUGGAUCAACUGCACACCCUCAACCCGGACGGCGAAUACACCUUCAUCGAAGCGGAGAUCAGCCUGCUGGCCAACAUCGACCGCACAUGCGACGAAAUCAAACGCAAUGUCUCCUCCAUCGACUUCCUCGUGCUCUCUCAAGGUUAUGUGCACAUCGGUGCGCGUGACAACAACGCCGACGGCCUCGACAAUUCCAGUUCCCUACGCUACUACGGCCGCGUCCGCUUCACGCAGAACCUGCUACCCAUCAUGUCGCCGACCGCCCGCGUCGUUUCCGUGCUAGCGGGCGGAAAGGAGGGCAAAGUCUUCCUCGACGACCUGGAUCUGGAGCGCAACUACUCCACCAUCAACGUCAUGGAGCAAUUCACGACGCUCAUGACUCUCUCCUUCGACAGGCUGGCGCAGCAGAAUCCGAAGAAGUCGUUCAUCCACGCCUACCCUGGUUUCGUCAACACGGGCACGACGGGAAGGCACAAUAAGGGCCUGACGGGGUGGGCGAUUGGAUGUGUGGAGGCGGCGGUUGGGUGGUUUAUCAUCCAGCCACAGGAGACGGGGGAGCGCAUGCUGUACUAUGCUACUAACGAGCAGUAUGACACUGGCUCCUGGUCUGUGGAUUGGGAUGGCACGCCCAAGACUACCAAGGCGCUGGCGGGGUAUAGAGAGCAGGGUCUGGCGGAGAAGGUGGAGGAGCACACACAGGCUAUUUUCCAGCGAGUGCUUGCGAAAUGA